AAGUUAGUGCGAACCUGACCAAUCAUCAAUUAUUUGUGUGAUGGUCUUUUCUUCUCUUUGAUCUGAACAUUCAGUCUUUGUUUGAUGUUCAGAGUCAACUUGUAGAUAGUGAGGAUGGAAGAAGAGUACUCAGGUGAGAUGAAUAAAAGGAGUAAUAAUAAUGGCAAUGGUGGUGGUUCCAGGUUUAAUCGUAGAUCAGGUGCUAUUGCUUCUGAAUCACCUUAUCUUAAAGCUGCUGCUUUAGUUGAUCUUGCUGAAGAUGGUGUUGGUCUACCAGAGGAAAUUCUUGAGGGAUCGAGCUUUGAGAAAGCAGCCCCUUUGUACUUCAUGUUUACAGAUUUUAAGUUAGUGAUUGGGACAUUUAAUUCCCUUGCGCUCGUCAUUCUAAACUUCCUUGAGAGACCAAUGUGGUAUUCUAAGCAUUUGGCUGAGUCUUGUAUUAGCAGAGACUACUAUUAUCUAGGAGACCUACCAUACUUGACUCAUACCGAGUCCCUUGUAUAUGAGGUUGUUACUCUUCUAGUUCUUAUGGUACACGUAUUGUUUCCAAUAUCAUAUGAAGGCUUCCAUCUGUACUGUAAAAGUCUUCUUAAUAGAGUGAAGGUGAUUUUGCUGUUAAUCUUGGUUGCAGAUGUUGUCAUCUACAUUCGUUUGCCUGUAAACUUCUAUUAUUUGCCAUUCCGUAUUGCACCCUAUCUCCGCGUGGUGUUCUUUGUUUUGAACAAUAGGGAACUACAAGAUGGCUUCCUCCUCCUUGCAGGAAUGCUUGGUACAUACCUUAAUGUUGUGGCUUUAUCUGCUUUAUUUCUUCUAUUCUCGAGCUGGUUAGCAUACGCCUUCUUUAAAGACACCCAGCAGGGAGAAACUACGUUUACUUCAUAUGGUGCGACGUUAUACCAGAUGUUUCUUUUAUUUACGGCAUCAAACCAUCCAGAUGUAUGGAUCCCUGCAUACAAGGACUCACGUUGGUAUUGCUUGUUUUUUAUUCUCUACGUGCUAUUGAGCAUUUACGUUGUCACCAACUUAAUUCUCGCUGGUGUAUAUGAUAGCUUCAUGAGUGAGCUUGAAAAACAAGUGGCUGAAAAGGAUCAAAUGAGGCUAAGGAUUUUGAAAAAAGCAUUUAGCGUGAUCGAUAAUGCCGUGAGUUGGACACUUGACAACCUGUUUUCCAAAGAGAUACGGCAGUACCAGCUGUUAAUAAAAAUCUUUCUCAUAUCUCAUAUGCCUCUUAACAAUGGGUUCAUCAACAAAGAGCAAUGUAUCCUUCUGUUUGAGGAACUUAACAAAUACAGGACGAUACCAGAAAUUCCCAGAGAUGAUUUUGAGUUCGUAUUCAACAAGCUGGAUGUUACUUGUGACUCUAUGAUAAAUUUGGAUGAAUUUGCUAGACUAUGCAAUGUCAUUGCACUAAAAUUUGAAGAGAAAGAUUCACGGUCAAUCUUUGAGACAUGUCCAAAACUCUAUCAUUCACCAGCAUCAAAGAAGUUGAAAGACUUCAUCCGAAGCCCUACAUUUGAGUCCAUAAUAGUGUUCAUUCUCCUUGUCAAUUUUGUUGCUGUUAUUGUUGAAACUACGCUUGAUGUGCAGAAUAACUCGGCUCAAAUCUUUUGGCAGAAGGCAGAGAAUAUCUUUGGCUGGUUGUAUGUCAUCGAGAUGGCACUAAAAGUUUACACCUAUGGCUUUGAGAACUAUUGGAGGGAUGGUAAAAAUCAAUUUGAUUUUUGCAUCACUUGCGUCAUUGUUACUGAAGAAAUGACUACUCUGGUAGGCCCUCAUGGUCUGGGUUUCAUGUCCAACGGAAAUUGGAUUCGCUAUCUUCUUAUCGCAAGAAUGUUGCGUUUCAUAAGACUGUUGAUGCACAUUGAGCGAUUUCAUGCUUUCGUUACCACAUUUUUGACCCUCAUACAUUGUCUGCUGCCAUACCUGGGGACCAUAUUCUGUAUCUUAUGCAUUUACUGCUCUCUUGGUUUACAGAUCUUUGGGGGGAUUGUCAAUAUUGGAAACCCCAAGUUACCCAAGACUGAUCUUGCUGGUUAUGACUAUUUGCUUUUUAACUUCAAUGACUAUCCAAAUGGCAUGGUGACACUUUUCAAUUUAUUGGUGAUGGGAAUCUGGUCACCGUUGAUGCAGAGCUACAAGGAACUGACAGGGACCUCCUGGACUUAUGUCUACUUCUUCAGCUUCUAUCUUAUUGCUGUUUUAUGGCUAUUAAAUUUGAUUGUAGUAUUUGUCUUGGAAGCUUUUCAAGCAGAAAUGAACCUAAAGGCUUCAACAAGAAGUGUGGAUGGCGACAAGAAGGAAGAAAGAAGAGAGCAGCGACGUCCAGUUGGUGCUAAGACUCGGAGACACAAAUUAGAUGAUCUUCACCGUCGCAUGUCUUGGUCUGAACGAACACAACGCUCCAGUCCAUAAGUUUGUCUGUUUUCUAGCCUGCUUUAUGCGAUACUGUGCUUCAGAAGUUCAGUAAUGUUGGACCUGGUGGUGGAUAAAAAUCCCAAUUGAUGACCUACUUGUAUAUAGUUGUGAAUUGUGGUGUACUCCUCUCCCGGUGUAAAUUUUCAUCGAGCCAAUUGCAACAUUUUCACUUCUCCAUGGAUAUAUGUAAUGGUUUGAGUGAAGCUUCAUUUUUCUGCAGUUUUGGUCUCUAUAUACUGUGCAUUGCUGGGAUGUAGCUUUGUGCUUUGUAUUUCAAACAUUCAAGUUGAAACAAGAUGAAUUACAGCAAUUUUCAGUUUUA